AUGUCGAAGAGAGCACCCCGACACUGGGAUCGCAGACCCAUGACCCCAUUUAACUCCCGUUCUAAGUCGCGCAAGGUCUGGAAGCGGUUUCUGGCUUCCGCAUCCAAGGAUAUUGUCGGAGAUGACAUCGACCGUGAUCCUUUGCUUACCGAAAUCAACAGUUCGUUUGCGUAUCGUGGUGUUUUGCGAGGUGUCAAACGACAGUGCACUGCGACUUAUGUGGGAGUCGGACGGGCACGAUCCUUUCUGGAAACAAAAUGGGAAACAGAGGAUAUGGGGGUCCGCAAACGGAAACAUGCUCAACAAAGGGCGGUUUGCAUAUCAGAAAGUUUCGCAAAUGCCGAUACCGUCGCCGAUGCUGAUGAUAGCAAACCGAAUGAGGACGUGGAAAGACAGCAGAGUGCCGAAAAUAACAAUUCAAUAGACCAAAAUACACCUUGCUUGCAUUCUUCACCUGCCCAGGAUGAUAAUACGGUCCCUUCAACCCUUAAUCUUCCACAAGCCCUGAGGAAAACCGUAGAAGAAGAGGCUAGCCCCGUUGCUGGUGACACGCUGCUUCCAUUCAAAGCCUCCGAAGAUGCUUCCGGGGUCUCCGAAGAUGCUGCGAACCUAGAAGUUAUUCCUUCCGCUAUCGAAGAAUCUCCCGAACCAGAACAAGGAGAGGUCACGUUUGGUGCACAAGUUGCACGGGCCACAUCCCCGUUACGUGAUAUGGAAGACACGCCAUCUACUACAACAACGAUUAAGAACGUGGUUGAAGAAACAGCAACACCACUGACAAUACCCCCGAGCAGACGACUGUUCCCAAGACUAGAAGGUGACGACGAGGAAUUCUUAAGUGACUUCCUGUCCCAAGCACAAGCCAAGCGAUCCGCCGCUAAAUCUGCGGUGCUGAGCAAGGAAUUGGGGGAUUCCAGCGUGGAGCAUCCGGUCCGAUCUCCAACCCCACGAACACGCGAGGUUCUGAAAGUCUUGGAUAAAAUUUCACCUUCGUCCCCAAGUGAACAAAAAAAUCAACUAAAAGCAACCUUUUCAUUACCCGCUCCCAACUUCUCUCUCUCUAUUGAUCCCGAGCAGAGCGGCGCAGAGCAAGAGGAACAAGAGCAAGAGAAGAGUAAGACGGCCGAAGAAGGUCAACAGCAAUCAAGGGUAGCUACUCCAUGGCGCAGGAGUACCCGCAAAACUAUCACAAGAACGCAACGACAUACACCUAGUGUGCCUAACCAUAUCCCUGUUCGCCGGUCUAACGGAACCGAGUUCGUAUUUCUACAACGUUCAGAGGAACAACAGCUAUCCCUGACAACUAAGGCCAACACCAGACGUAAUAGGGGCGACGCCCAGCUUCCCCAUUUAGUGCUUCAAGCGAUCAAUGCACAAGAAUAUGUCCAUUCUUGUAGUAGCAAUGGAGAAGUUGAUGACCCUGUUUCACCAAGGAAAUCGUCCAAGAAACGGAUACGGCUUGUCAAGACGGUUACAUGGGACGAGAAAAAUCUUGUUCAGUACGAAGGGAAGACAUACAAUAAUGAAGAACAAAAUGUGGAAAUUCGUCGGGAGAGCCCUCCGCCUCAAUCUACCAUCUACCAGUCAACCAGAAAGGAGAGUAACAAGAAACAGGACACCGGGAAUACCAGCAAGAGUAGCAGAAAAAGCAAAUCCAACAAGCAAGCUGACUCGACCCACCACCACUCUCAGCCUCCGAAAUCACCAACUGUGACCAGAAAAGUGUCAAAGCUUGGUGCUGCCUCUGGUAACAGUUUCACCUCUGUCUUAACAACCACCGCUAUGAGUGAUACUGCAACAACUACUGCUGCUGCUGCUGCAAAAAUAAAAUCGACUAGAAAAAUUGCCUCUACGCAUCCUGGAACGCCGAUUCAGAGAAAAAAGCUUACUCCGAAAUCUCCAACAACCAUUACAUUUAAAGUUUCGGAGAACGCAGCACCGAAUAUCAGCACUGCCACUACUACACGUUCCACGGCUAAAAAAUUCAGUGGCUCGUGUUUGCCAAGGCACAUGGGAAGAACUAGGGUGUAA